AUGUACAAAAAUAAGAACAAGAUGAUGAAAUUGUUUGGGAAACCAAUCGCAAACCUACUGGCAGGGGAAAGGAGAGUGCCAUAUGAAAGCCUUUGCACCCCGUAUUGGAACAAGAUUCCGAAAGAUGAUAAAGAAGCAGACCAAAUUGCCAGGGCAGUUAUACUCUGCUUGAUUGGCUCCUCAUUCCUAAAUGAUAAGAGCCAAUACGUGAGUAUGCACUACGCCCCCUGUUUGGAAAUAGUAUCAGAUAUUGGUAAAUACGACUGGGGCGGUGCGGCUUUGGCUUGCUUGUAUAGAUCACUGGAUUCUUGUUCCAGGAGCAGGUCAUCGAGCAUGGGCGGGCCUAGUGGGACCGUGAACACGUGGCCUCGAACAUUGAGGUGGGUUGGUGCAAAAUCAAAGCGGGACUUGCAACAUCACUUGGAACAUUUUAGAGUGAUGAUGCGACAUCUAACAAAGGAUCAGGAAGAACAACAUCGAACUCUGGAAGGGGCCAAGAUAAGGGUAGCAAACAUCUCUCCUCAGCCAUGGUCAGCGCGAAUACCAUACUGGGCCGCUAAAAAUGAAAGUAAACUUGUGCGGAUACCCCGUGGGCAAGAUAGCCCAGAUCUACCAUUACCUGAUGGUGUCACACAUGUCACUGCUGAAGUUGCAACCGAGCUUUUGGACCUAAUUGCUGGGUUGAAUGCUGUACUAUUUUCAACUGCAUCGGAAGCAAGCGUAGAGAUCAGGCACCUACGGCAAGAGAUUGAGAAAUUGAAGAACACCUCGGGAACAACUAUUGCGAGUUCGGGUCUUGUUCAACACGUCGUAGAUGAUGAUGUAGAACAUGAGUUUCGCACAAAAUUUAAACAUGACUUAGGUAGAAAAGGAAAGACCAAACUUGUGUUACAAGAAGAGCAUGAAGAAGAUGAGGAAGAGGAAGAAGAAGAGGAAGAGGAGGAAGAAGAAGAGGAAGAAGAAGAGGAAGAUGAAGAUGAAGAGGGAGAUGACGAGGAAGUUUGGAUCGAAGACGGGGAUGAGGAUGAGGAUGAGGAUGCGGAUGAGGACGGGGCCGCAGCUAAGGGUAAUCCAGAUGCAGAACAACACUCCACAGACCAAAAAAGCAAAGGUGAGAAAAGUCUUCGUUCACGUACCCCAAAGAGAAAGAAAACCAUGUAAAUUAUGGAUACAGUGACAUUUUUCGGAUCAUGGUAUCUUCGUUUUGUAAAAGAAUAUGUUCAGUUUAUUGGCC